AAGUGAGCAUAUAGUAUUUAUAGAUAAUUAUUGCAUUUACUAGGUUACAGAGCACUCUAAUAUGGCAAAUUAGGUGCACUUUGAAUCUAAUCUAUAAUGUUGAACUCCAAGAACAUACCAGAAAUCAUCAUCCAACAAAUUUGAGCAGUACCACACAGAAUGUGGCAAGGUUGUAUAUUGUAGUUGGAUUUGUACCUGAAAACAAUAAAGUGGUGUAAAUGUAUUCUGUGGAUCUUUGGUAUUGAUGUAUUAGUGGUAAAAUUAAAUUAAUGCAAAUGUUUCUAUAGUGUGAACAUCAGAUAAGCAACUGUUCUGUGUUUCUGUGUGUCCAGUAAGAUUGGGAAGUGACUGCUUUCACAUUUAGGAGUAACUUCAACAAUCUUAACACAUUAAGUCCUAAGAGUAAGUCCCUAGAGACAAUUAGUAAAAAACUUUAUGGGCCCAAAUAGGUACUGUAGAUGAAUUCAGCUGGCUGGUCCCUUUAGAACAUUCAGCAGCCUGAAAGUUGUUUGAAUCAAGCAUAAAUCCACAAAGUUUGAUUUCUCAUCUUUUGAAAAAUGGGUGAAGCUGAAUCCAUCAGCCUCAGGUUAUGGAGGGGUGUUUAUAAAGUGUGGUUAUUGGAGCUCAACCUAGCAUGGAGAUCUUCUCCAAGUAUUACAAGUAUUACAAAUGAUUUAGAAUCAAUAAUAUAUUGAGUUGCACUUCAAAGAUGGCGGCUCCCACGGUGGGGCUGCUCUCUCGAUUUACAGCGCUUCUGCCUCGCUUCUUGGGAAGUGCCUGGACCCGGGCUCCAUUUCGCAGACUCCGGCAGAUUGUAGAAACUACUGAAGGGAACACCACAAUGAUUGAAGGCAAAAUUAUAGAAGAUGUCAAAAGCCCAACCCCUCCAAAUCCUUUUGGUAACUGUCCUAUUUGUCGCUGGAACUUGAAACACAAGUACGAUUAUAUGGAUGUCUUACUGCUAAGUCAGUUCAUAAACUCUACAGGAAGGAUGAUACCUCGUAACAUCACAGGCCUUUGUAAAGAAGAGCACAAAAACAUUACAGUGUGCAUGCAAAUGGCUCACCGAGCAGGUUUGCUGCCAGAUCAUAAACCUAAAUUUCCUGAAGGUGUUGUUCCCAAACCUAAGCAACUCCUCAACAGGUACCAUACCAGAUAUCCUAUCGAGUCUGUGAGACCCAUUUGCAAGAAGGGGAGAAAAUGGUGCAAAGUUCCCAUGCCUAUAUCACAUCCAAUACUUAAAGAUAAUAUUACUUAUGGAUCAAAGCCCUUUCGUUUUAACCACUGAAAGAGAGUGCAGCUUGAGUUGACAGUAGAUGAUGAUCAUUCAGACCAUCCUGUGUGCAUCAUAAAUGUUUUGUAGAGUCUGGA